AUGGCGAGCUCGUGGCUUCUGGUGCUGGCGGUGCUGGGGGGGGCCUGCGCCCUCCCCGCCCCGGAGACCUUCUCCUACAGCCAGGCGCUGGUGCAGGCUGUGGAUUCCUUCAACCAGCGCCCAGAGGUGCAGAACGCCUUCAGGCUGCUCAGCGCGGAGCCCGAGCCCGCCCCGGGCUUGGAGCUGAGCUCGCUGCAUGGAUUCAACUUCAGCAUGAUGGAGACGACCUGUGCCAGCAGCUCCCGCAGCGACCCCGAGGACUGCGACUUCAAGGAGAACGGGGUCAUCUUGGAGUGCUUGGGGCUGGUGAAGAACACGCAGGAUUCCCCCGAGCUGGACCUGAGCUGCUCCGACGCCUCCUCCGACUGUCCCUGGGUGGGGUCCCGGGUGUGCUCCCAAAGGGGGGGUCCCACCCCCCGCACCCCCUGA